AACGAGAACGCGGGGAGGUCGGGGAGAAAAGAUGAGAAGCUCGCGGCGUGCGGAUGUGGCUUGGGUUUUUGACCGACGGGAAGCGGAAAUUUAGAGGCCGGAACGGAUCUUACAUUGGCGACGAAGGAUAAAAAGAUGAGUGAUGCGCGCCCGCUACCACAGUUCCGCUGUGAUGACAUCGAAAAGAGCAAACUUCACAAGGAAUGGGAAGCCUGGAAAGGCUCUCUGGAAUGCUACUUUGAGUCGGAAGACAUAAUAGACCAGAAGAAGAUGCGCUCCAAGCUGCUGCAUUUGGGUGGUCCUCAGCUACAAAUGCUGUUCAAGUCCUUGCCGGAUAGCGAAAAGUAUGCCUUCGUCACUCCCGAAAAACAAUACUACGACGUGGCGAUUGCAGCAUUUGACAAGUUCUUUCGUCCGGGUCACCAGGAUGUGCUGGAGAGGCAUAAACUGCGGCACAUGAAGCAGAAACCUAAUGAAAGAUUUGCUGAGUUCGUAGUGCGCCUCAGGCAGCAAGCGCUCGAGUGCGGGGUAGACAAAUACACCGCCAAGUUCCGCAAGAUAUUAACAGAUAUCAUGCUGAUCGACGCGAUUGCAGAAGGUUGCCAGUCGGACGAAUUGCGGCGAAGGAUAUUGCAGAAGGACCGAACGCUGGACGAGAUUGAGGAAAUUGGGACGUCACUGGAAGAAGUUGACCGUCAUGUCAAGGAUUUUGGAUCUUCUCGAGAAGCGAUGGUGUCUGCUAACCAGAUCAGACAUGAUGGUCCUAGUAAGAUGGCCUACAACAGAACCAACCAGGAUACCCAAAACAGGUCCCAAAUCCAUACAAGAGAUCUCUCAGCGGGAAAUGCUUCAUCUCGAUCUCGUUUCCAAGCCGAAGCCCAGAACGCAAGAGCAGUGCGGUGCUUUAAAUGCGGACGUCUGGGUCAUUUCUCGUUCGAUCCUGAGUGUCCUGCGGUCAAGGCGACCUGCCCGAUUUGCAAGAAAGUUGGCCAUUUCAAAGAGCAGUGCCGGCAAAGAAAGCCAUACGCGGGGGAACGAGAUCGAUCUGGGCCAGCAAUGAAAAUUCGCGCCGUGCAAGAGACUGUAAAACCGGAUGUUAAGGAUGAGAUCUGCGCGAACGAUUGCAAUCAAGAAGGGGAGGAACGCAAAACAUACUAUGCCUUCUAUUCAGGAUGCGAGGCAAAUCUGAUUCGAUGCCAAGGGGCAGGAAACUCCAAGUAUAAUUAGUUAAUUUAAGUAUACUUACGGUAUUUUAAUAUACUUGUUAGUAUACUAACGAAAUUCGAAUCACGAGACCACCUUAACUUUACGCUUCUUGGCUUUGACAGUUCGUUUCGUUCGUUUGCUUGCCUGUGAUUAUGUUUACGUUGAGCACGAGGCUGAGCAUUAAAAUUGUCAAUAGGUGACAGUUUUUAGGUUUAAUCACAGUUUUAAAGCUGAAAAAUGAACAAAAACGACAGGGUUCACAUGAUAGCAACCAGACGUGAUUUUUUGCACAUUAUAGCCAUCACAUGCUGCUAGUUGGUGAUUCCCAUUCAACUUGCCGGUCUGUCUGGUUUUCGUCUGCUAAUUCGAUCACCCAGCUGUAGCCAGACAGCAUAUCCCUAGGCAUAUCCACUUUUUUAAAUACCGAAAAGGGCAAUUCCUCGGUCUGGGACAAUUUUACCUAUAGGUACUAAAUCGCCGCAGCUUUUUGCCUCGCGGGUUCUGUGUCAAGAGCCCAGUUAAUUGAGAAUUGAUUAUAGAAUGUUUCCCAAACCCUUGAAGAAAUUUGGCACAACCCGCCGUUUCAGCCGUUUCUUCUAUUUGGCAGAAACUUCAUCGGACUCUUCCGAAUUCGAUCAAAAACUUGAUCCCAAACCUUCCAGCUCAGCUUGUUCCAGCUCCAAAUAACGGUCGCGUAAAGAUCCUUCAUCUUCUUUACAAAUACUAUAUCCCAAAAGUAAGGUCCCCCACUUCAGUAACCUACGACGGAUUCCUCCUCAUAAUGUAGGUACUCUAAGCUCUCCUCUCGGCAGCACCGAACUGGCCUGCCGGUCCUUUGAGUGAUCAAUCGCUUCCUGCAUAAUCCCGUGCAACUGGCGAAGUCUUCUCCACCAAAAUCAUUUCCGCAACGGGUCCGCACAGUCCCCGUGUCCGCGCAUAAUCUGCGAUAAUAUCAUUGAAAAUAUCAAAAUGUAAUCGCCAGAAGCCCCCUCCAAGCCAACGAAAGUCACCACUCCGGGAGAUCUUUGGA